UGUAGAGUGUGCUUGCAAUGCUCUCCGUGAAAAUCGCUAAGGACAUCGUCUGUCUCGCCCGUUAACACAGACCGGUACAACCGGUGGCGUGUCACAAAGGCGUUAAAACUCAAUACAGUUGAAGUAAGAAAUACAAAUAAUGGCACCCGACAGGCCCGACAGUUCGGGGAUGGAGACCGCGUGCGGUCUGACUGUUACGCGUGUCCUCGACAUUGGGGAGGCCGCAUUGACGCUCAAGGAGGGUGACAACGCCAGUGGAUUUGGCGAGGGAAGCCCUGGGGCAACCGUGGAUGUUGUCGUUGACGAUAACAAUCCCUCCGGGGCUAAAGGGGUCUGCGAGGGGGUGCCCACCGGUAAACACAGUCAGGAUGAUGAUCUUACCUCGUUAGCAUGGCUACAUCAGCAAAAUCUGCUGAAGGGACUCGAAAUAUCGAGCCCCAGCAAAGUUAUCAAGGACGAAAAUAUUUUAAAUAAUAAUAAUAAUAAUAAUAAUAAUGUUUGUGACGGGGAGAGUGCGGAGUUGUCGGAGAACACGAAUUCUGUGUCGAGUUUGGAUGAUGGAUAUUAUCCAGAGAGCAAUGGAAAGGCUCCAAUGAACGGAAAGAGCCAGAGCUAUCCCAGUCCAGUGAAGAACUACGAGAAAACAGUGCAGUUGUACUCAGAAUCUGGAAAAUUGACGUAUCCACCUCAGCCGAGCAAUCAAGCCAAGAUAUCGUUGAAUAAUAAUAAUCUACCGGUGUCGAAUCGCAAUAAGCAUCCAACCCACAUACCCUACGAUCCACAUUUGCAUAGAAAUAGCAAACCACCGUACUCAUUCUCGUGUCUGAUAUUCAUGGCUAUCGAGGACAGUCCAGUCAAGGCACUACCAGUCAAGGAAGUCUAUGCCUGGAUACUCGAUCAUUUUCCUUACUUCAGGAAUGCACCCACCGGGUGGAAAAAUUCAGUUAGACAUAAUCUGAGUCUCAAUAAGUGCUUCAGGAAGGUGGAAAAGGCACCGAAUCUGGGAAAGGGAUCUCUGUGGAUGGUGGACGACCAGUAUCGCCCGAAUCUCCUGCAGGCACUCUCCCGAGCGCCCUUUCCACCUCCAACUGCUCAAAAUCUCUCGUCACCCGACAAAAUACCGAAGAAAACCACAAACACAAGAUUACCAGAUCCCGUACUUUUCCCCUAUCUAUCGAAGAGGUUAGCAUCGAGCAAUAUCACAGACAGCCCAGACCUUGAAUUUGACAGCGAUGUUGAUGCAGCUGCUGUCGCCAUGCUCUCGUUCAAACACGGACCCAUUAUUCUCAACCACAAUAAAGAUCGAAAGCGAAAGCAAACAAUCGAGCCGGAGAAAUUGGUGCCAGUGAUUACAAGGAGUUCGAGUGAGGAUCACACGUACAGUUGUAUCACUUCUGCAAAAACAGACAGCAAAAGAUCCACGACCUCCCUAGAGGAUUCAGUAACCGACGUGGACGAGCAACGAAAGAUCGCAGAGGGUGCUGACGCCCUCCUGAACCUGGCAGGUGUCGCCCUGUCCCACAACAGCACGAGUCCCCGUCUCAAUCACCACGAGGUGACCCCCCUGGCCCACCUGAGUGCCACCUCGCCGCCCCCCUCGCCCCCUCCGCCCCCCAAAUCAUCGAACCACUCGUCCCCCUCAAAAUCAAAAAGACGCACCACCUCGAACGACUACUCGAGUCUUCCCGACAAGAGACGGCGACGCUGGCGAGAGUGGGGAGACACCAACAGGUAUCUCAAACAAGUCAAGGGUUAGUGGUUGUCCAUUACUUUCCGUCAAUCGUUUUUAAUAAAUCCCGACUCUCCCCUGACACAAGUGGCCAAAGUCGUAUUUUUCUCGUGAGCAGUGAUGCAGAGGGAGAUGUAAAAACAAAAUUUAAAAAUUUAAGUUAACCAAUUAGGAAUUAAAUAAUCGAUCAUGCCAAAUAGUUUGGCAGCACUGAAUUAAAAAAACAAUAAAACAAAAUCAACUAGUUUGACACGAGUUACGUCUGACGUUAAUUAAUUUAAACCGAAGUGUGAAUUGUAAAUUCGAGAAUCAACACGUCGAAUCGAAGAGGCGACGGAGAAACAGAAGUGUAAAAUUUCGAAAACCAAUGGGGAAAAAAAAUUGAGGAAUCUUGUUAGACCUGUUGUGAGGAAUUAUACAUAUUAAUUCAUAGAGAGUUUAACUAAUUAUAAAUAGAGUUCUAUAUUAGUUUCCCUUCUGUAGAUAUGUAUAGAUAUAUACAAUUGACAAAGAGGAAGAAAAUUAUAAUAUUCGAAUAGAGAAGAAAAUUUAAAUAAUAUAUUUGAGAAGAAAAUAACGACGCAAAAAUAACAAAAAAAAAGGGGAAAAAAUGACAUGCAUGCAGCAAAUACCACCGAAGCAAUUGCACAGUAAUGAGAUGCCGAGAAGCACAGUCCAACGGCGGAUGAGAAUAAAAGGUGCAUGAACAAGAAAAAAAUAAUAAUAAUGAAAUGAGAGAAGAGUUGUAUAAUUUUUUGCCUUUUUCUACUUCACUUCGAGCGAGAGCUUUUCCAGUUGAAGAAAUAAUUCUCAACUGUUGCUGUACAACGUAGAAUAGAAUCAACACAGUGGAUACGCUCAAAGUAAUCGCACCUCGUCACGUUUCUCCUUUUCUCAAUUCGUUCCAACUCAUUCACUCGCUCUUACAAACGAUUUUGUUACCUUUAUUUCAUUCUUAGAAUUGAUGAAAUAAUUUUAAAAAAGUACAAGAAUAUUAGUAUCGAGGUGACAUUUAUGCGCCACACGAAGGCAAUAUCAAUGAGUGAGAGAAUAAAAUAGUGCGAUUACUUUUGCGAAACAAUUCACCCAUCCCGUCAGUUAUAUUCUACAUGUACAAUAGUGAGAAUGAGAGAGGAAAAUGAAGAAUUGUCAGAUGUCGAGGAGAGAGGGGAUAUAUUUUUACAGGGCUCUGGCCCGCGUGAUAUGACUAAAGCUCUUCCUAAAUUGUUCGCUGAUGUGUAGUUUUAGAAUCACAACGGAAAAAUAUAUUCAAUUCUCAAUGCUCAGCAUUAUCAUUGCAAAUGCACGCGAGCACAGUAGCAAUUUUAACAGUCUUAUUUGUUGUUUUAUUCUCAUAAAUGUUCAAAUUUUUAUCUAGGCAUAACGAUUUUCCGUGAAUUGAAAUUUUAUUGAUGAUGUGAGUAAUCAGUGAUGAUUGUUAUAUUCUUCUGCUACAAUACAACACAAUAACCUCGACAAAACGGAGGAAAAAAUCAACGCAUCACAUUAACAUUGAAGAGAGAAACAUUUUUUUUUCUUUUGUUCGUAGAGUAAGUCCGUUCGCUGCGGCUGAAGGUUUGUUCUUCCAUAAUAGCUUAUUCUAAACUAAUUGAGUAGGAAAUAACCUGGCCCAUCGCACUCGGGCUCGGUCCACAAUGUUUAUUAUCACAGCUAGAACAUGAGUAGUGCUAACAGUUAAGUCAACGGUAAUCAACAAUUACCAAAUGAUAAGAAACAAAAUUUUAAUAAUUAGCGACAUAGUCUAAUGUAAGACAGAAAUGAAAAUACUAAAGCAAAAGGAAACACACGCAAUAUACCAGUAAUAUCUGAUAUCGGAUGAAAUACUCUAGUCGGCCGGUACUUUUUCAAGUGAACUCAAUUUGUUGUCCGAUGAACGAUCAGACGUGUAUAGUAUAAAUAAGGAGAGGAAUUAUAUAUAUGUAUGAUAAAAAUCUUGUAGACUCAGUGAUCGUUGGUCUCUUGAUUAUUUUUUAAGAGAAAUAUUUCAAUAGAUUGACGAUUGUACUUGACUCGCCGGUUAUGUUCAAUUUGUUACGUUCGACGUAGGGUAACGUGAGGCGAGCAGGGAAUAUUUUCACUUCAACAAUUGUAUGGGAAUGGGCGAGGGGGUUGUCACUUAUGGAAUUUGGUGCGCUGAUGAUUUGGUUUAUACAAUGAUGGAAAAAAUUGAAAUUUCGGGGACAAUUGAGUUGUAAUUUUCAGGAGAAUGAUACUGAAUACGAUUUAA